AUGGCUUUGAUACUCCUUCUUAUUCUGAAGUUCUCAUCGGAUGUCGAAGACACGUUGUAUUGCUUCAAUCCUUCAAAUGACGAGGGCAAAGGUGUAUUGAGCAUCCUCACACCAGGGGAGGCGAAAAAACGCUGCAAACCCAGACCUUCAUCCUCACUUGUCACGCCCACGCCAGAAUCCUUCACAACACCCAGCUCCUCUCUAGAUCUUGAGACACCGACAACACCAAGCUCCUCCGCAUAUACUGCCCCGUUCACGACCCCAAGUUUCUCAGCAACUCCAGAGACCUCUACGCCAUCCGAAUCCUCGAUUGUGGUUGGGUCUUCUACUACUCCCAGCUCCGCUGUGACACCGGACCCAUCCACAACACCAGAGUCUUCGGAGACGCCCAGCUCCUCUGCGACCCAAGAACCCUCUACAACACCAGCCUCGGAAACUCCUAUCACCUCUACAGCACAAGAGUCCUCGACAACACCGGUCUCCUCGGAGACACCUAGCUCCUCGGCUACACAAGAGCCUUCGACAACGCCAAGCUCACAACCCUCAAUCAUCUCGACCACGGCUAGUACCACCGAAGUUCCUGUCAUCUCCACAACAUCCAGCUCUACUGUGGCAGCCAGCUCUUCAGCAGCCCCUGACCCGGCAACAAUCAACUGGGGCUUUGAUGAGAAUCCGGACGGCAUCAGCCCCUGGGUUAUGUAUAGAGAUGGUACGGUCACACCAUCUCUUGACGGGGACGUGAAGCAGAAUGGUCUUUACUCGGUUAAGCUGGUCUACCUCGCGAGUGUGGCCAAUUAUGUCAAGCGCCCUCUCGACUCAACCAAAGUCUCCGCAGGGGUCCCUAUCCAGAUCUCAGCGUGGCACAGAACAUCCUCGAUAUCCUCAACAAAUGGUUGCUCGAAUGCAUAUAUCGCAUGCACGUACGGCGGAACAUCAGGUGUCCUCGCCUUGCAGCCUUUCGCAGCAGCGGCCGCGCUCAAUACAUGGACCCAAAACAAGGCCACCUGUACGUACACUGCUGCCCAGUUGGCUCAGAGCGGUGGUGCGCAAGUUCUCAUCGGCUGGAAUUGCAAAGCCGGUGCUACUGCAUGGGUUGACACGGUCAAUGUUGGGGCAGUGCCAGCUUAA